GCCGCGUGCAGCAGGGCUCCGCCGAGGAAGAUGCUGGCAGACGGAGCACAGAGGGGUCCUCCAGCCCCUCCGGAGUCGGCGCUGACUCGCGUCCCCGAACAGCAGCUGAGCGGGGGAGUCUGAGCCUCCUGCAGCGGCCUUGGCACGGCGGCGGAGGAAGAGGAGGCCGGGCCGAGCCGAGCGCUCGUUAUCGCGAUCAGCAUCAUGUCUCCAGGGAAGAGCUGGGCUCGCCUUCCCACCGCAAAUUGCCCCUUCAGAUGUGUUGGUGUCCCAAUUAAUGGAUUCUGACAUGGAUUAUGAAAGGCCAAACGUAGAAACCAUCAAGUGUGUUGUGGUUGGGGACAACGCAGUGGGCAAGACUAGGCUCAUUUGCGCCCGUGCAUGCAAUGCCACACUGACUCAGUAUCAGCUUCUUGCCACCCACGUGCCCACGGUCUGGGCCAUUGAUCAGUACCGUGUUUGCCAGGAGGUACUGGAGCGCUCCCGAGAUGUUGUAGAUGAUGUUAGUGUUUCCUUACGGCUUUGGGAUACCUUUGGGGACCAUCACAAAGACAGGCGUUUUGCUUAUGGAAGAUCUGACGUCGUAGUAUUAUGUUUCUCCAUUGCUAAUCCAAAUUCCCUCCACCAUGUGAAGACCAUGUGGUAUCCUGAGAUUAAGCAUUUCUGUCCCAGAGCACCUGUCAUCUUGGUAGGCUGCCAGCUUGAUCUUCGCUAUGCUGACCUGGAAGCAGUAAAUCGAGCCAGGCGACCUUUAGCCAGGCCAAUCAAACCAAAUGAAAUUCUGCCUCCAGAGAAGGGACGAGAGGUAGCCAAAGAGCUGGGCAUCCCUUACUAUGAGACCAGUGUAGUAGCCCAAUUUGGCAUCAAGGAUGUCUUUGACAAUGCCAUCCGAGCUGCCCUCAUCUCCCGCCGGCAUCUCCAGUUCUGGAAAUCCCAUCUCCGUAAUGUUCAAAGACCAUUGCUACAGGCACCUUUUUUGCCCCCCAAGCCACCCCCACCCAUUAUCACUGUUCCUGAUCCUCCUUCCAACAAUGAAGAGCGGCCAGCCCACCUGCUGGAGGACCCUUUGUGUGCAGAUGUUAUCCUGGUGCUGCAAGAGAGAAUCAAAAUCUACGCGCACAAGAUCUACCUCUCCACCGCCUCCUCCAAGUUCUAUGACUUGUUCCUGAUGGACCUGAAUGAGGAGGACCAACAGGAGAUGGCGGGAAGCAGCACCAGGAUAGGUGCUGCUGAGCGAACACUCCCUCAGGAACGGCAUCAUCAUGGGCGGGAAUUCCUCCUGAGGGCUGCUAGCUUUGACAUCUGUGAGAGUACUGAAGAAGCUGGCUCUAGCCAGCAAAAACCGUGCCUUAGAGCCUCCACCAGCGAUGGGAUACUGCGGGGCAAGAACUAUGGGGAACGAGGGCUAAAGCGGGGGAGGAUCCUCUCCUCUUGGAGCCGUGCCUUUGUCAGCAUCCAGGAGGAGAUGGCAGAUGACCCCGUGACGUACAAGCCCCGGCUGAUGGUGGUAGUGAGGAUGGAUCCCUCCAUCCAGUUGGGACCAUUCAGGGCCGUGCUUAAAUAUCUUUAUACCGGGGAGCUGGAUGAGAACGAGAGAGACCUCAUGCAUAUCGCCCACAUUGCUGAACUGCUAGAAGUCUUUGACCUCAGGAUGAUGGUGGCUAACAUCCUCAAUAAUGAGGCAUUCAUGAACCAGGAGAUCACCAAAGCCUUCCACGUCAGGAGAACCAAUCGGGUGAAAGAAUGUCUGGCCAAGGGAACUUUCUCUGAUGUCACUUUUAUACUGGAUGAUGGUGCUAUCAGUGCCCACAAGCCCUUGCUGAUCUCCAGUUGUGACUGGAUGGCUGCUAUGUUUGGGGGUCCUUUUGUUGAGAGCUCAACUCAGGAGGUAGUGUUACCAUAUACCAGUAAGAGUUGCAUGCGAGCAGUGCUUGAGUACCUAUAUACUGGCCAGUUUUAUUCUUCUUCAGACCUUGAUUACAUGAAGCUCAUCAUCUUGGCCAACCGCCUGUGUCUGCCACACCUGGUUGCGCUCACAGAACAGUUCACUGUGUCUGGUUUGAUGGAAGCAACUCAGAUGUUAGUGGAUAUAGAUGGCGAUGUCCUUGUGUUCCUGGAGCUGGCUCAGUUCCAUGGUGCCUACCAGCUUGCCGAUUGGUGCCUCCACCAUAUCUGCACCAACUAUAAUAGCAUCUGUCGGAAGUUUCCUCGCGAGAUGAAAGCAAUGUCAGCAGAAAAUCAGGACUACUUUGAGAAACAUCGGUGGCCCCCAGUUUGGUACCUGAAGGAAGAGGAUCACUUUCAGAGGGCCAGAAAAGAGCGUGAGAAGGAAGACUACCUCCAUCAGAAACGGCAGCCGAAGAGACGGUGGCUGUUCUGGAAUGCCUCCUCCCCCUCCUCAUCAGCAGCCACAGCUUCAUCCUCCUCCUCCUCCUCCUCCUCUUCCUCUGCUGUGGUUUGAGGGUUGCACUGCCUACGCUUCGAUUGCCCUUUGAAGGAGCGAGCCUACCAGUGCCUGGAAUUCCCAAGGCUUGGAGAGAUGCCCCUGGCUGAAACCCUCAGUGGAGAAAAUCAGCAUGAAUAUCCCUGAGAGGCCGGCGAGAUAAACCUGAACAAGAGCAGCUCGGGAGCCAGACCAUCCAACAUCUCAUCCAGAGCUCGGGGCAGCCUCAAUUCCUGCCUUGGCUUAGAAGCACAGCAGCUGGAGGCCACCGCCGGUGGAACGGAAGCGGUCCUGUCUCCUCCCAAGAGGCUCGCUAGUCUCGCAGGACAGACCCCCCUUUUACAGGAAUGCAGGUGGUUUUGUUGUGUUAUUUUUAAGUGGGGAAAAAAAUCUGCUUCAAGAAAAAUGGAGCCAUUCUGUAUUGUUUUUAAAUUAGUUGCUUUCCCCCCCCUUGGCGAAUUUUUUUUUUUUUUAAAGUAUGAUGUACCUCGCAUUGACCAUCCUCUGCACCUUAACAUUUCAAGCUGCUGCAGAUGCUGAAGGUCCCAGGAAUUUCUUUUUCUUUCUGGGCUCCUUCUGAUGGCCCAGGGGCCACUUUAUUUUGGUUCCACUUGCCACCCAGGCUCUUAUCUCUAGAUGUUUUGCUUUGCAGGGCAUGUAUCCUGCCAGCAAAUGGCUGUGGCCCCUCCCUUCCUGAAAGGUGGACACCCCUAAGAAGGAGAUGCUGGCCAAGAGAAGCACAGGUUCUGCAGUGGGGUUCAAGAGCAAUGGGGAAAAUGGCCCUAGAAUAGAAAAACCCGCUUGGCAAGGUGGAAAGCGGCUCUCCCCCCCCCCCCCCCCCUUUUCCCUUAAUUUUGUCAGUAGUUUGCAACACAAUCUGGAAGACUGGCCAAACAGGGCAGAAGAGGAGAAAAAUGAGAGGAAGAAAACAGUAUCGGUUCUGGCCAGAAUGCUUGGAGGAUGCGUUUGGUGUGAAAGAAUAUAAAACCCCAGCAGUUAAUGUGCUGUUUUAAUGAAAACAAAACCCCAACCAAUACACAUCUUGGAUUUUAGUGUGGAAGGUCCUGUUGUAAUAAAUGGUAUUUUAAAG